GCCGGGCCACCCAUCUGGACGCCUCACAGGGUGGGAGAGCUUUCCCGGGGAAGCCUUGCCCAGUCUCUGCCCUGAGGGCCUCUGUGCCCAUCACUGCAGCAGCAGGCCCAAGAUGCCAGUUGCCCAGCUGCUGCUUCUGACCUGUCUUGUAUGGGGUUUGGAGGCCAGGACGGCCCAGCUCCGGAAGGCCAAUGACCCGAGCGGCCGAUGCCAGUAUAUCUUCAGUGUGGCCAGCCCCAGUGAGUCCAGCUGCCCCGAGGAGGGCCAGGCCACGCCAGCCAUCCAGGACUUGCAGAGAGACAGCAGUGCCCAGCGGGCAGACCUGGAGUCCACCAAAGCCCGGCUUAGCUCCCUGGAAGGCAUCCUCCACCAGCUGGCCUUGGGCCAGGCUGCUGGGCCCUCGCAGACCCACGAGGGGCUGCAGAGGGAGCUGGGCACCCUGAGAAGGGAGCGGGAACAGCUGGAGACCCAAAGCAGGGAGCUGGAGGUGGCCUACAGCAACCUCCUCCGCGACAAGUCAGCUCUGGAAGAAGAGAAGAGGCGACUGGGGGAAGAGAAUGCGGAUCUGGCCCAGAGACUGGAAAGCAGAAGCCAGGAGGCAGCGAGGCUGAGAAAGGGCCAGUGUCCCCAGGACCACAGCUCCUCUCAGGAUGUGCCACCAGGCUCCAGGGAAGUUUCUAAAUGGAAUGUGGAGACUGUGAACUUCCAGGAACUGAAGUCAGAGUUAACUGAGGUUCCUGCUUCCCGAAUCCUGAAGGAGAGUCCAUCUGGCCAUCCCGUGAAUGAGGAGGGAGACGCUGGAUGCGGAGAACUGGUUUGGGUAGGAGAGCCGCUCACCCUGAGGAGAGCUGAAACGAUCGCGGGCAAGUACGGCGUGUGGAUGAGAGACCCGAAGCCCGCCUACCCGCACACCCGGGAGACCACGUGGAGAAUCGACACGGUGGGCACGGACAUCCGGCAGGUGUUCGAGUACGACGGCGUCCCGCAGUUCCUGCAGGGCUACCCGUCCAAGGUGCACGUGCUGCCGCGGCCCCUGGAGAGCACAGGCGCCGUGGUCUACCGGGGCAGCCUCUACUUCCAGGGCGCCGAGUCCAGAACGCUGGUGCGCUACGAGCUGACCACCGAGGCCGUGAAGGCUGAGAAGGAGCUGCCCGGGGCCGGCUACCACGGGCAGUUCCCCUAUUCAUGGGGCGGCUACACGGACAUCGACCUGGCUGUGGACGAGACAGGGCUCUGGGUCAUCUACAGCACGCAGGGGGCCAAAGGCGCCAUCGUCCUCUCCAGACUGAACCCAGAGAGCCUGGCCCUUGAACAGACCUGGGAGACUAACAUCCGGAAGCAGUCAGUGGCCAACGCCUUCCUCAUCUGCGGCCGCCUGUACACUGUCAGCAGCUACUCGGCGCGGGAUGCCACGGUCAACUUCACCUACGACCCGGCCACGGGGCGCAGCAAGGCCCUGAGCGUCCCCUUCAAGAACCGCUACAAGUACAGCAGCAUGGUGGACUACAACCCCCUGGAGAAGAAGCUCUUCGCCUGGGACAACUUCAACAUGGUCACCUACGACAUCAGGCUCUCCAGGGUGUGAAGAGCCUCUGGCAUCAGGAAAGGCAGCAGGACACGAUGGUUAGGGCUCCUGAGGGCAGAGCCCUCCCGCCAAAGCCCCUGCAGCUUUUCUCUGCUUUCUCAGCUUUCAUUAUUCACCCAGAAGAAUGUGGGGUCCCCAGGUCUGCCUGUGUGGGACUAGCAGUCGGGAGAGUUAGACGGCGUCACGGCCGAUGGGCUCCUGUCUGGUCAGCUCUUAAAUUUAGGGCUCUGUAACCGAAAUAGUGCAAGUUCUGCGGUGAUCUGGGGCCAAAGUUAUAAGGCAUAGUAGUAUCUUCAUGGAAACCACAAGACUUUUUAUAAAAGGCCCUCACUGGCUAAAAAUGGUGUGUGUGGAGAAGAGCUCGGGCAAAACAGCUUGCCCCACGUGGCACCCAGGGUCGUCCCCUGCAUGCUGGGGACAUGGUCACCCCACGCCACAGUUAGAAGAAGAGGAGCAGCUCCUGUGGCCUCCGUCUGUAUGGUGGGCUUCUAAUGCUUCACGUAGCGUCCAGUGGGGCAUAGCGUUUGCCCUGUGAAAUAAAACCAUCUUACAUACUA